AAGGAGAACCGAAACCGCAGACGUGGGAGGCUCUGAUGUAGAAGGGCAGCGGAAUGAAAAACCUACGGCUUAUUUACCCCCUCACGGGCAGCACAGCCAUUUCUCAGUAUGGAGCAUUACACACACAUCGCUUCCGUGUGAUCUAAAGUUUUUGUGAAGACUUUUUGCAUUUAAAAAAAACAUGGAUUUCGAGAACCGAAAUGUUGACUUAGAACUACUCUUGGCACACAUGAACAUUGGAGACAUCAUCGAGGCUGUGGAGAGGCUACGCUCAGACAGAGAGAGUGAAGUGGAGUCAGGCGAGUCACUUGUGGAGGCUCUGUCAGGAGAUAACAUGGAUGAAAGCGAGCUUUCGGAUGGCACGUCCUCUCCUGACUUGGUUUCCCGUGUGCAGGAGGGCAAAGUGAGGUACGGCAGCGUGGCGGACCUGCUGGCGUUUGUCAACAUGGUGUCCAACACACCUGCCUCCACGCUUUCUAAGUUAAAGGAGGAGGAGCUCGGGGUGCUGCUGAACAAGACCGACAUGGUGAUAAAAGAAGGGCGUUAUCGUAUUGAUUUGGACGUGCUCCUGUUUCCAUGGAGGCUAACCUACAAGGCUCCAGGCUCAGGUCACAUUCCCAAAGGCUCUUUUGGGAAAGUCCACUUGGCUCAAGAUAUCGAAACACGCAAAAGAAUGGCUUGCAAGCGGAUUCCCUUGGAGUACUUCAAGCCAGCAGACGUGGAGAUCCAGGCUCGGUUCCGUCAUGAGAACAUUGCUGAGCUGUAUGGGGCUCUGCUGUGGGAGCAGGGUGUGUAUCUCUUUAUGGAGGCUGGUGAAGGUGGCUCGAUUCUGGAGAAGCUGGAGAGUUGCGGUCCAAUGAGAGAGUUUGAGAUCAUUUGGGUCACGCAGCAGGUUCUGCGUGGACUGGAGUAUCUGCACUCGCACAAUAUCAUACAUCAUGACAUCAAACCCAGUAACAUUGUGCUGAUGUCUGCCAAAGCCGUGCUGGUGGAUUUUGGCCUAACAGUGCAGAUGACGGAGGAUGUGUACGUUCCUAGAGACCUCAGAGGGACUGAGAUGUACAUGAGUCCGGAACUGGUUCUGUGUCGAGGACACAACACAAAGACGGACAUUUACAGUCUGGGCACCACCAUUAUUCACAUGCAGACUGGUAGCCCGCCGUGGGUGAGGAGAUACCCACGUUCUGCCUAUCCCUCAUACCUUUACAUAAUCCAUAAGCAGGCUCCUCCUCUGGAGGACAUAUCAGAGGACUGUAGUCCAGCUAUGCGAGGACUUCUGGAGCGCGCACUGGACAGAGUCCCGUCGCGGAGGAGCUCUGCCACGGAGCUCCUCCAUGAGGAGGCCCUCCACCCUUCACGAGAAGACCAGCCUCGCUGCUGGAGUCUAGACUCUGCCCUUGGAGACAGCACACACCCACUCAUACGCCAACACAGUCAGAUGACUGAUAGCACACAAGAUUCCUCGUCAUUAUAUACUGAAGAUUCCGGCCCAUUUAAAAGAAAAGGUUCCCUCUACAUAGACCUCGGCGCUCUGGCUGGCUACUACAACUUUGUCCGGGCACCACCGACCGAAGAGUAUGGCUAGACAAAUCCUAAGGUCUUUCUGACUGUACGCUUAGUUUGUGUUCUUGGGACUUGUGGGAAAUGAAAAAAGGAACCAAAGUCCUGAAGAUACAGUAUAUGGACUGUACCUACAUAUGUACUGCACAGAAUAUAAAUGUGUUUCCACAUCAUUGGCAAUUCAGUCACCUCAGUUACCAAUCAAAAAGGUUACUUUGCAUGAUGAUGAUGAUGAUGAUGAUGAUGAUUAUGGGAUGGAAAUUACAUGUGCUCUUUCAGGCCCCAGUUUGGUGUGGAAACCAGAAUGAGAUAUCUAAUACCAGUGUCAGUAGAGUUGUAACCUUCAUGCUUUACAUAUCGUUAUUGUUGUUAAUGAUAAAAAAAAAAAAAAGCAGAAAAGCAAAUCAUCGUCUCGCUUUUGGGGAUUGUGUGCAGAUGAUCUUCAAUGAUAAUAAAAAAUGGUUAAUAUUAGCUCAUUGUCAUAUAAAAAAAAUGGGCCAUAGAAUGUAUAAAGGGCUAUAAAGGUAAAACUUUUAAUAUUACUGCAUUUUAGUAAAGGUAUUCAGAUGUACAUGUAAGUGGAUUGUAAUUUUGGUGAGAUUCUGAACAAAAGUAUGGAGGUAAAAAGUCCAGAUUUAAUACUUUAGCAUUGCUGGAUUUGAACUUUACUUCGAGGCUGGGCCUUCUGAUGAGUUCAUGAUGUAAUUAUACAUCAUUGUAUGUAAGACAAUUAUUUGUCAAUAUAGCAAAAAUAAUUCAGGACAAUUGAAAAAAACCUCCAGAUUCAAUAGGUUAACUUACACUUUCAUUAGGAUGUGCUGGAUCAGAUCCUUUGUUUGUGUGCUGAACGUAUUUCCAUACUUGUUUGCAAAAGAGACAGUGUGGCUGCAGGAGUUCAUACCAGCCCGUUUUGAGUCAUGUCUGAUCAGUGCAUUUUGGUUUUCAGCUACACCAGUUCUUUGUGAAUAAGAUUGGACAUCCUUUGUUUUCUGUGUAUGCUUUGUGUGUGUGUGUAACUUUUGUUUUAUUGGGCACAAUGUCAUCAUUUUACUCCAGCACUUAGCAUUAUAUAUUUCUUAAAUUGAUUAGUUAGAUGGGACACUGGAUGUUCAUUUUUGUGUUUUCAGGAUGAUUGGCAUUUUCAGAUGUUCCUGGAAAAUAUAACGUUGUUGUUGUUCCCGUGGAAUGUGUUUUUUUGCUGAGUACUUGCAGUGCAAAUAGUCACAAUGGAUCAUGUGCUUUAGACAAGAAUUACAACGCAGCUCUGGUACGUCACACAAUAUUCUGUAGCAGUGUUGUAGCCUCGUGUAAUCAUGAACAUAAAUGUUCUUUAUAUGCACUAUACAUCAAAUAAAAUGUUACUUUUUUUUAUUAUCAACUUUGAUGAAACUUGUUUACACCGAGUCUGGUAGGAAUGUGCAUUGUGUUGAAAUUCUGUAACGUACCUGAAUACGUUAAUAAACUUAUAAAUCCGUUUUA